GGCGGGAAAGUGCGAGCCCCCUUUAUGAGGGGAGUAAGAGGUGACUCGUGGUUGGUAGUACAGGGAACAUGGGAACUUACAGCGCGCGGGGCGGAGAGGACCAUGGAGGAGGAGGAGGAGGUGGAGGAGGGGGAGGGGGAGGGGGAAGGCGACGGCGAGGGAGUGCGAGAAUAGAGGAGGUAUUGGAGGAUGGGAGCAUUUUAACGGAAUCGGACAGCGAGAGUUGUCCAAAUACCUCGCACGGACUGGGGACGACAGUUCAGAGAUUAUUCUCGGAAAGUGCGUGUAGAGUCGGCGGGCUCUGGCCAAGGAAUUGCUUGGUGCAGUUGGGCUUGACGGCAAGCAGGAGGCGAUGCGACAGCUCUUGCGAGAGAUCCUUUAAGGCUCCCACGGAGUUUGGUAGCGCCAAAGGCAAGAAAAGAGGAAGAGGAGAAGGGAGGAAGGCAAACUACCUUGGGCAAGGAGUAGAUGGAAGAGGAACCGCAACAGGAGGAGGAGGAGGAAGAAGAGGAGGGGCAUGGAGCCGGCCUCGGUAUUACCGAUCGAGCAACAAGUCGCCCUGCUCUGGCUUCGACCCCGCAUUCGGAUUGCUCGCGAGAGAUAGCGAUGAGGGGCGGGAGGGGGGGGAGGGGGGCAGCGGAGGAGGAGGGCCAUUCUGGGGUCGGCGUCGAGAUAUACAUGACGGAAAAUACGGUAAUUGCUCGGAGGAGGGAGGGGGAGAAGGAGAGGGAGAGGGAGGAGGAGGAGGAGGGCAAAUGGCGUGGUGGUCUCUCGAUGGUAGGUUGAUGGGUCUCGAAGGGGUGGACAGCCUGGUCAUUGACAGCCCGUCAGUGGAAGCGGAUGCCCGCAUUGCUUGGCAGGGCUUCGCGCCCCUUCAACGAGUACUGAUCGUGGCCGUAUCAGCAGCGGCUGCUGCAGCUGCACAGAAUGAACGGAGGAAGGAGAUUCGACGACUACGCCAUGCUCUCUCAGCCAGGGUAGAGAUAUUAAUCGAUCAAUCAAUCAACCUCUCAUGGACACAAGUGCAUUCAUAAUUUAAUACUCUGAGACUCCUCUCUCUCUCUCUCUCUCGCGCGCGCGCGCGCGCCGUCACCUUCUCCUGUUCUCUCUUAAGUACUCCAAGAACAGUGCAAUAAUUUUCUAGCUUUUUAUUUUCUAUUAUCUUGUUGAAAUUGCAGUCAUAGGUAGAGUCAAACGAAUGAAUAGAAAAUAAUCAAAAAGAAUUAUAAAGAGUUUGGAGUCAAACGAAUGAAUAUCAAAUAAUCAAAAAGAAUUUGGAGUCAACGAAUGAAUAUCAAAUAAUCAAAAAGAAUUUGGAGUCAAACGAAUGAAUAUCAAAUUGGAGA